UCAUAUUUCUAUUCAUUUGAUAUUUCAGCCUUCGUUUUGUAUAACAUUUGAAAAUUUCUAUGGUUAAAUUUUCCAGUUUAAAAUUUAAAAAAUGAAGAUUUGAUGUAUGAAUGGCUAAAAGAUUGCAGACAUCGAAAACAUCACCUAAUUCCUCGUUUUCCAAUAACAUCACCCUUGAUUCGUCGUUAUCAAAGCCAGAUAGGAGCGAUGAUGGAUGGGAUGAUAUGGAUGACUUCGAACCCACAACUCAAAAGAAGAGACCAUCUCUUCUUUCAACCCAGAACAAAAUAUCAAGUAAUAAAACCGCUUUUGCUCCAAAGGUGAAAUCAAGCUUUUCCGCAAAGAAACCUAUUAGUACAUCAAAGUACACCAAUGACAGUAAAAGUAUCAUUGAUCUUUCACUUGAUAACUCAAACGAUGCUUCUAUUUUGUCCAAUCAUUCGGAGAAAUCAGAUUCAAAGAAAGCUGAAAAAUCUUUACCAGAAAGAAGUAAAUCAUCACUACAAAAAAGGGAAUCAUCACCUCAAAAAAGGGAAUCAUCGUCAUUAAAAGGGAAAGCGUCACAAAUUGAAGAAAAUGCCAGUGCCUCUCAAAAAAUGUCCCUUUCACCAGAUAAAAAAUCACCAGAAAGUAACUUAAAUGGAAGGAAAAAGACUGAGGAUUUAAGUAGCUGGCUUGAUGAUUUUAGAAGUAAUCCUGUAUUGGAAGUAGGAGCUCAUCAGUUGUCAGACCGAGAACUAUUUUCAGCUGUGGAUAGUCUUGAAAAAUGCGAUAGAAGUAUUCUUCAAAAGGUCUUCGACUGGUUUGUGAGUCUACCUCCGGAAAUCGCUGAUAAACUUCCAGGAUGUGAAAUUUGA